GACGAGACUGAAUGAGUUUACAUUUAGUCUGUUGGGUUUCCUGACCAUUCUUGUCUGUUGUAUUGUCUGUCGAGAAUUUAGAUGUUGCUCCCAAAUCCUAAAAGCUACGUUAGUAUCUGUAGAAUAUGUAGUAUCUGUCAAAGCUGUAGUCUAUGUAGUCACUAUCUAAAAAAAAAAUCAGGGAACACUUAUGUGUAGUUUACAGGCUUCAUUGCUUUUUAUAUGCAUAGAAAUUUUUCCUUUUUUUUGAUCAGAUGGGUAGUCAGGAUAACCAUCUAGCUAAAGGUGAACCAAGCAGCUGCUUUGAAAGGUUUUUUCCCAGUAAAUGUAACAGUAUUAUGUUGUUUAUAAGUAUAUUUGAAAUAUUUUUAAGAAGAUGUUAGCUAAAAUGUAACGUGCUGAACUACAUCGGUCUUCAUGUGAAGUUUCUGUUAGAGGAAGGAAAAAAAUAAAUUCCUUUAGAUAACCAUAUUAUUUUGAACUAUGUUCAGCUGUUCCAGAUUUCCUGCUGCAAAAGCCAAUUAUUUCUGGCAGUCUGUAACCUAAUAAAACCUUCUCUAAUGACAGCUUUAUUUUUCAGUUACCCAUAUAAUUUAAGAAAGCUGCUUCUCAAAUAAAAAUCUCUCUUUAGUGGAUGUAUUUAUGUCAAGGCUAUGAAAAUUUCACUUAUACAAUUGAUAGACUGCCAAACUUAGCUUCAGACUGAGUGUGUGAAAUGGAUUCUGUCAAUUGAUUCUUCUUUUACUAGAACAAUGUGAGUCACUCUGGUUUUGCUGUAUCUCAGGGAUUAUACUACAGAUACUUGCUGCAUCCUGUCUCUUCAGGCUUCUUGCGCAACUCCAUUUGCACAGUUGAAACAAAAAAAAAAGUUUUAAAUGGAAUACGGUAUUUAAACAACGUUUGGAUUAAUAUGUUUUCAAUGAUUAAUGUGUUGUAGUAAUUUUUCCUGUUGGAAUGCUUCACUAGCCUGACUAGAUUUUGCUUUAGAUAUCCAAGGUUAGUUCAGGAUUUCUCAGCUGCAGAGGCAGAACAGAAUUCUAUCUUAUGUGGAUGGCUGAUAGGGGGUCUUGAGAAUGCCAAAGUGAGAGUGAGAUUCUUCCCUCAGCUUGCUGCUCAGUGGGUGCCAGGAUUGGUACCAGUAGCAAGCUCAGAUUUUCAAGGUUCUGCUGAAAGGAAAACAGGCAUCUGUGCUGUGUCUAACACUUUCUGAGAAUUUCUUUCCUUUUGUCAGUUGUUUUCUCUAGCCUAUAGCUGAAGCACUGGUUUAUUUUAGAGAGGAGAGGGAGGUAGUAGACAAUAACAGUGGGGGGAAAAUGAAGAUUACAUGUAUUCUCAUUCUUCCCUCAGAGUUGUUUUAUGCAUAAAAUGUUGGGGAAAGUUUUAAACAGUAACCAUUUUUAUUUUCCGUGUAGUAUUAGUUCAUGGAUUUUAAUUGUUUCUCUAGUUUGUGAUCAGUUUUAUAAUUACAAAUAUGUGGAACUCUAGACUUUCUGCAUUUUAGGGGAAUGUAAAAGGUAGACUCCAGCAUUAUUAAUUUAAAACAGUUUGACACAAUUUUCUGUUUCGAAAAACAACACCUUUGACAGUGUCAUGAGUGAAGGAUUUUAGAGCAGAUAAGACAGGAUUCAGUGCAGAGCAGUUGUUCACAGUGGCUCUUGGGCUGACUAGUUUGACUAAGCAGAUUAUGAAUUGACUAAUUGUUAGCCACACUAAUUUUCUCAUCUAGGCAGUACCAUACAGAGAUAGACGUAAUGGCAUGCUUUUGGUAUCAACAGUAGUGCUGCAUUUUAAUCGUGUGCUUGUCCUUCAAUCUAGCAUCCUGUUUAUCUUCUCACAGCUGCACAUUGCGUUAGUGGUUAGAAAUUCACAUUAAAAAAAGAACAAUAACUGCUACUUUCCUGAUUAGUGUUGCAGCACCUUUUCACGGAACAGUAAUUUCCUGGUAUUACUUAGGGCUUUGCCCAAAUUAAAUGUUAUAUAAUUGUCUGCUUUUGGUAUCCAGUUAAUGUUAGCUUGUUUUUUGAUGUUUGACAAGUACAUGCAUUGGCAAUAUUUUCUGUAUUUUGUAUUCUUACUGCCUGUUUAUCACGCAUCCAUCCAUGUGCAUUUUCAUUAAUUUAUUAAAAAAAUCUUAUUUCAUAAAGUAGGCAGAAGACUUCUGUCUUUAAACUGCUGUGUAUAACAGUGGGGACCAAUAACAUUCAGGCAGGAAGAAUGCACUUGUGGAGUGAGUAGCUCCAUGUUAAGUACAUGAGAAAAGUGUGGAUAAACACACAGUAGCUCUAAUGGGAAUGGCUUUUUGAAAAACAUGCAAAGACUUGAAGUUUUUUGGAGGAAAUUUGUAUUUAAGCUAGAGUGUGACAGCAACCUGGAUGAGUAAAUUCACAAAUGUUGUGAUUUUCCUACUGUUAUCAGUCAUUUGUGCUUGUCUACAACCUUAAUGGCUUGUUCAUGAACAUACAGCUGCAAGAGUACUCUUCCAGGCUGAGUUGAGUUUUAUUAGAUGUGCCCUUAGUCCCUAAAGUAAUGACUAGUGAAUAUGGUCAGUGGCAGCAUUCUACCUCUUAUUUGUUGUAGAAAAUGUGUGGGCCUCCACCACUAUCUAGGGUUCUGCGUUUUGAGCUCUUCAGUAUCCUUUGUCAUCCUUGUAAUUCCUGAUGCCAGAGUGGCUAAAAUAGUACUAUGGCCUCUUCUCCUACCCAUAUCUAUCUGGAAAUAAUUAGUUUGCUUACUGCAGUAUAAUGUCAAUGUUACAGUGUUUUGGAAUGUCCUUCUCUGGAGAUAUUGAAAGCUUUUAAUGAUUUAUUUAGCAAAGUAGUUAUCUUUUUUAUUCCUACAGUUGUGUGUAUUUUAGUGGAAUGCAACACUGAAAAAUGCUAGAGAGUGAUAGGAACAUUUCUUCUCUACUAAGAAAAUGGAAACAGAUUUUGGGAGGAUUAUAGUGUCAAUGAUCAGCUUUGUUUGGGGUGGUGCCUGACUGUACCCACAGGCAGCAUUUGACACCAUGUUGAAAGCUAAGCACUCCCCUUCUGCAAGUGAAUGUUAUUUCCAUGUGUGUCACUCUUGGCAAUGGGAGAUUGCCAUGUUUACUUUUACUCAGUGCUUUCCAAAACAGGCCACAAAUUGUGGUCCUUGAGGAUAGGCUUAUUUUUGGUGGAACUACCUGUGUAGAGUGGUACCAUUCUGAAGUAGAGGAGACUUUACUGAGCUUAAAAUAUGAAGUAUUUUAAUUUAUCUUUCUUCAUUUUGGUUUCUGGUACACAAGUAGUUUUCAUUUUACCCCUUUGAGUUAAGUAUGUUUAUGUAUUGUGGGGAAGGGGUUAAGAGGUUCCCCAGGUUUCUAGUAAUUUGUAAGUGAAUGUCUGCUUUUUCUCAUUGUGUAUCAAGUCUGAUAUGUCAGCCAGUAUGAGUUCUGCCAGUUAGGUAAUUGGCAUUUUGUGAGUGUAAGCAUUUACAGUAUGCAAUUAUAAAUCUUCAUUAGAUUAUUAUAGAGUUUUGCCUCUGUCAUUUGUUAAAAUUACUUAGAAAUUUUAAUUUUCUUCUCAAAAAGUUGUCUAUAUGUAAUGUUAGCUAAAUGGUAAGAAAGUGCCUAAUAAAAUGUCAUGCUGUCCUCAUGAUAGUUAUGUCCUCAUUUAUAAAGUCAGAAUUUCUUACAUAAUUACUUGUACAUCCUCCUUUCUUUAUAGGGAUGAUACUCUGAUGCUAUUUUAUCUUCCCCUCCAUUUUUUUAAUCCCUCUAGUUAAAGGAAUGCUCACCCACGCCUCUAAUAGAUUAUUAGCAUUUAAAGGAGCUCUUUAAAAUAUGAUUUUGCAGUUGUCAUCAGUGUUUGGCCGUGGAUUUAUUUAGCUUGCCUGACAGGUAACGGUGCAAUUUUAAUGAUAAGAGUGAAAAAUGUGGCUUUAGUCUUAGUCUGACUAUCAGAGUCUGCAUAAUUCAGAAGGUUACACAGAGCACUGCCAAUUUCUUUAAUUGCAUGUUACGUUAUGGCAUUGGCAAAAUGAUGCAGUCAUUAAACUUCCCUUGUUCACAGUCUCCAUUAAUUUUUCUCCUACACUUGAUAGCUAGUAUGGACUGGUCAGGAGCAUAUUAUCUUUUCCCCUAGGACGCUUAAGCCUUGAUUUCAAGGAAAAAUGUACCAAGUGAUAGCAAGAAAUUGUCAUUAAUUGCAUCUAAACUGCUGCAAAAAAAAUAACCUACAGUCAUAAGGGUUUGGUUGCUGCUGCUAUCUUGAUUUUGUUUAUGGCCUAUAUAAAAUAUUUCAGAAGUCUUUCCUAAAACUAUUCUAAUUAGAAUUACCCUAAAAUUUAAGAUUUUAAUGAUAUAAAAGCAAAAGAUAACAGACUAACUAGCUUCCUUCAAACUCUUUGCAAUGUGUGGUUUACAUGUUUGCAAAUUAGAUACUGAAUAAGUAGUGACUGAAGUAUAGCAUAUUACUAAAAAUGUGUAAAUAUCACAAGAUUGUAACAAAAGUAAAAAAAAAAUGUCCCAAACCCAAAACAUAGAUUUACAGCUGUUUUUGCACCUGUGUGUGUUGGAGCCAUUUUGGUAUAUCUGCUUAUCUGUCUGUGCUAUACUCUGUGAAAUUUGAGACUGCCAGAGAGUAGCUGAGAUUUUUCAGUGACUUUCUUUAACAGUGCCAGACUACUAUGAUGAGAUACCAAAAGUGAUAAACACCACAACCCAUGUCACUACAGGACCUUCUGCAAAUAAGUACUGUCUUGAAAAAUUAUGUUUCAUAUUCAAAUAAUUAAUGAGAAAGUGAGUGUUUAAAACAAAACAUCAGGUUUUGAUAUUUAAAAAAAUGCCCAAGUAUAAAGGAAGCUUGUAUUUUUAAGAAAUAGCUAUUAUAUUUUGUGUGUGAGUAUUCUCUGUAGUAGUUGUUAGGAACUGUUGAUAUUUUCUCUGUUGAAUAUUUGGAGCUAUCAGUUGUUAAUGCCAAGUGUAUGUCCAUCCUGUCUCCUAAACUAGCAGGCAGAGUGUGGUUUUGGAAUUGAAUUUAGUUUUGAUUAAAUUUCUAGAAGUUGAAAUUUGGGAAAUUAAUUUGAGUUCUUUGAACCUUUUGGUUUGAACUGCAUUCAUAUAGAGUACAUUAAUGCUUUUAUAGUUUGAGCAGAAUUGCUAAAUAUUGCAGUGAAAAGUAAAGGCUAAAGCUGUAGUGUUGUUAUCAGUAUAUCACAUCUGUGUGUUACGUUCAUGGCCACCCUUUUUUAUAUUACUAUUUUGUUCACAAACUUGGUGGUUGCUCCAUAGAAGAUUUAAAUUUCUGAAUAAAGAGAAUAAACUGCUUUCUCUAAGUAAGCUUUUAGUUUCAUGAGAGCUUUCUGUCAUAUUAUUUUACUGGAGUCUAAGGUCAAAUUAGGUUUAUGGAAUGGAAACUUAUUUUCAUAUCCUCAAUGGGAAAAAUAAUUUUGUUGUUUUUAUGCUGUGGAAGAGAGAAAUUUUCAGUAAAUGCAGCAGCAAGUCAGCAAUCUUAUUGAAACAGAAGCAUCAAAUCCUAGAAGGAAUCUGCAAUAUUUGAAACUAUCAGAAAUGUUUUGGUAAACUAGAUAAUGAGAAAAACAGAAAAGUGUUUCGGGGCCUGAUAAGUUAAUAAGGUGUCAACAGUUCACCUGCCUACUGGAUGUUAACUAAAUGUUGAUGUCUGUGCUACCUAAGCAGUAGUUUAGUUUCUGAAUUUCUUUGAUUUGGGGUCAUAUCUAGAGAUGAUGUGGUCAGAAGGAAGUAGGGAUUUGAAAAAAUAAAGCUGUACAAUAGCCUACUUGUGGAGAAUAAAAGUAUAAGGAAGGAAGCCCUGCAACAGCAGAUGGUUGCUAAAUACAUAAUGGGACAGCAAUAAAUAGUUUCACUCAAAUAAGCUUAAAAGAAUAAUUACAGUGCUAAAAUUAUUUGUCCUCGUUUGUGGGCUUUAACAGAAUUUUGUAGUAAUUAUAAGAAUGAAAUCCCUUCUCAAAAAUUCACUUUUGACCCUGGUUUUGAACUUCUUGCAUGUUUUCUGUUGUAUGUAAGUGGGAUUUGGAUGACUACUUUGUGCCACCUAAUAUUCAUUAUAUUGGCAUUAAUGUAACAUGGGUGAAGUGCUUGUAUGUUCUUUCAGUUACUUUGACCUGUCAUUUUAUGCCCAGUUUGACAAAUUGCUGUUACUCAGGCUUCAUGCUUGUAUUUACAAGGAGUCAUAGUUGAACUAGAUUUUAAUGUUAAAAAGCUAAUAGCUUUCAAUAUUAGUAUAUUAAGAUGAAAUUCACUUGUGGGUUGAAAAAUAAUUUUCUGUUACCAUGUGAAGCUGUAUUCAGGUAAAAACCUAGUAAUGCUCUCUCUGCAGAAGAAAAUUUGCAGUGAAUGAAAUAUGAGAGCAGCCUAAGCUUGUUAGUGUUUCCUGGGUUUUUUUGUACAGUUUUCAAAAAGUAAUGGAUUUUAUUUCUAAGUAUAAGCCUCUUUGACUAAUGCUCAUCCAAGUUAGGUAUGUGUCCCAUCUAGCCUUUUUUAUGGUUUUCCCCAAAAUGGUAUCAGUUAUGUGGCACAUAAUUUUGCAUCUUGUUCUUAACAGAUACUGCUUUCAGAUACUUUAAUGAUAUGUAGUAUUAAUGAAAUAAUAACUCUAAUAUACAUUGCAAUCAGAUCUGCAGGCAGUGCAGGCUGCAGUAUUGACAAAGUAUAAAGCAGGACUUCUCUAGAUUUCAUAGUGCAGAAUGGAAGGAGCCAUGACCUGGAUUAAGACUUUUUUCCCCUGUUUUGGGCAUGGGAUUCAACUAUCAGAAAAGUCCUUAGUGUGGUCAGAACCACAGUGGAGCUAGGGUUCAAGCAAAAGUUUUGUGAAUAUUCAUAAGGUACUUUCAGUGCAAGACCACAGAGACAUUUAGCCAAUUAGUUACUGGUCAUCAACUUUCUUUAAUCUGGCCACUGCUCUAAAUUUUCACGAUAUACCGUAGAGCUUCAUUAAUUGCUUUAGUUUUUCAAAAUGCGUUGCUUCUGACAUUUUCAAAAAGAGAGCUCUAUGAACAUUUGCCUUUAAAAACCUUUUUUAAAAUUUUACUUACUUUUUGUAGCUAUAAAGGGUUGUUUCAUAUAGCAGAUCUUGGAAGAAUAAUUUUUUUUUGUCUGGGUUUUUUUUAUACAUAUAGAUUUCAAUAUAAAGGGACUAUAGGCAGUGAAGUCUAGGUAGAACAUAAUUUCCUGUUUGAAGUCACUUUGCAUUCUUUGCCUGUCUCUCAUUUUCCCCUCAUCUGACUCUAUUGAUAAUCCUUUUCCUUUACGCUUACUGUUCUGUCCCCCACAUCCAGGGUGCUUCACCAUUGUUCCUGUGGACUAUAUGGUGUUUUCCCUUUAAGUAAAUGACAUGACAUUUUAUUUGAGUUUUCUCAUUAUGUCAACAAUUAUGUUAAAUACUGUGAAAAAAUGUGUGAAAAUAAAUAUUCAAAUCUAAGGAAGAAUUAGUUUUCUUAUUGAUCUAUUGGUCUCAGAAAAAAAGAAACAAAUGUAGUUCUAAUUCUGGGUUGUAACUGAUACAGGCUUUGUCUAAAAUGGCCCAUGGACCAAUUUUACUUAUUUUAUUUCUUAUUUUAGACCAUGUAUUUGGAAGAAAGCUUCUUCAAAAGCAUGUCUUUGUCUAUUCUGCUUCCCUUUCUCAUCUGUGUCCUGCAUUUCAGAUUGGAUUAUAUAGACAAAGACAUUUGGGUUACAUUUCACCCCUUAUGUGAACUCAGGCUUCCUGUGUGAGAUCACUGUAGCGGAAGGGACUUGAUUAUCCUGCUGCUGUGCCUCUUUUUUGGCUGUGGCUACUGAUGGGCUUUGUCAUCUUUCUUUUGCUGAGCAGAAGGUCUCGUUGCAGUAAAAUAAUGGAGUUUUAGUUAUGUUGCUAUUUGUAGGCUUAAUCUCCCCUUUCCCCCUUUGAUGACUGAUGUGACUGAGCUUUGCAAGUGUUUCUUGACUGUGAUGGAUAAACUGAGGGUGUAAUCUCUGGUCCUUAAGCAGAGGGAUGUUUAUAGCUCAUGUAGUCUUUUUCUGCACAGGGGACACUGCAGGAAAUGAAAGCUGUGCAUGAAAGGUGUGGCUUUCAGAACCGGAAACCAUCUCAUAAUCCUCUGUGGAUAAAUUUGGUUUUAAAAGGGUGGCCUAAAGUGAGACUUUACAAAGUGCUUGGGUCAGGUCAGAAAUACAAGUACAUAGCAUCUUAGUGCCACAUCAUGUGAGUCUCAUAUCCUGGGAUUUCAUAGGUUUCCAUGGGAUUGCUGGCAGAUUGUGCCUUGUCAGAGGGCAGGAGACACUGGGCUCUUCCCUUCAGAGUGUUUCUUUUCCCUGUUGUCCAGGCCACUGGAAUGUCUGUGCAUGUGGCAGCAGUUUGGUUCUGUAUACAGGGAACAGUGUAAGUGUUGCUACAAAUUUAAUAAAGCUUUUCAGGUUCUGGCUGAAAGAUAAGGGAGUUACAGGUAAUGCAAUAGUGCUGUUACAAAUAGUUGUGCUUUAUUCUGAAAGUUAGACUUAAGGAGAGCUUAAAAGAGUAUUAUCUUAAGUUAAGUCAGUGGACUUAAAAAAAAAGGCAAAACAGAAAAAGAACAAAAAAAAAUCCCCAAACAACAAAACCCAGCAGUUACAGACUAAGAUAGUUCUUGGUUUUCUAGAAACAAAUCAUUGAGAUUUCCUUUCUAACAAUACUUUUGAAGCACAGAUAAAAUGGCUUCCUGUCCCAGGGUUUCCUGUAUCCAUGGCAACCUGACUUCAGGCACUUCUUUCCUAGUUUCCUGAGCAAACUGUUGCAAACCCUGGGGCAAAAAUGUCAGAGUUGUAGUACACAGCAAUACUGCCUUUACCAAGGUUUUCCAGAUGAGUGUAGUUGGUCAUUUUAUAACAUAAUCUAGCGGAUUGCAAACAGCAAAAUAACGGAAAUAAUGAACUUCAGAUUUGGGUGAAGUCAGAGAGGACUAAGAAGGCCAAAGACAGGGAUAUGUGUGUUCUGCAAAGUUCUUCAUCCUGCCCAGGAGCAUUCCUGUAUAUAUUUAAUUGUUUUCUUUGGUUGCUGCUCCAGAAGGAGGCUUUUGGCUGUCCAUCUGCUUGUCAGCUCUGCACAGGGAGACAAGUUAGCUGUCGUAAUGCAGGGCUUUCGCGCAUCCCUUGGAACCUUCCUAAAACAACAAUUCUUGUUUACCUCAGUGGGAAUAAUAUAUCACAUGUCACUCCAAAUGAUCUAAGAGGCUUUCUGAAGCUUGCUGCACUCCACAUGGAUAAUUCCAGUAUUUUGUAUGUGCACCCAAAAGCUUUUGUGGAACUCCCCAAACUGUGCUACUUGCAUCUAAAUAGCAAUCAUAUUAAACGCCUGGAUCCAGGAAUCUUUGAAGGCCUUUCCAAUCUUCAUUGUUUAUAUCUUCAGAAUAACCAAAUAGCUUUUCUACCCAGAGGAUUAUUUAGUGAUCUUCUUUCUGUUAGAUAUUUAACACUUCAAAGAAAUCGUCUCAGUGUCCUUGGAAGUGGGACUUUCUGGGGAAUGAUAAGUCUCCAAACACUAAACCUAGCAAAUAAUAAGAUUUCACGGAUAUCAGAUGCAGCAUUUCAUCAUCUUGAAAAUCUUACAUAUUUGUUUCUUGAAGGUAACAACUUACCACUUGUGCCAUCAAAUGCCAUUGGAAGGCUCAAAAAUCUUGAAAGACUUUCUUUGUCUCACAAUCCCAUUGGAUCAAUUCAGUCUUUUGCAUUUAAGGGACUUAAUAAGCUUAAAUAUCUGUCUUUGAAAAAUGUCAAGCUAAAAUGUGUUGCUGUAAAUGGAUUUUUUGGAUUAAACAACCUUAGCCAGCUAGUCUUAAGUUAUAAUAAUUUAGAAAUGAUAAAUUCCGGCACUUUUACCUUAUUGACCAAUUUAAUGUAUCUACAGCUAGACAGAAAUAGAAUAGGCAGUAUUGGCAAUGGUACCUUUGAAAAAAUGGGGCGGUCACUUAAAGUACUCAAUUUAGCAUUUAAUAAUAUCACAGAGUUACAACCUGAAGUCCUCAAGCCUUUAGUAUCUCUAACUCAUCUGCAGGUAUACGCUAAUCCUUGGAACUGCAGCUGCAAAAUGCUUGCAUUACUUAAUUGGCUAGCAUCAUCUUCUGUUUCUGCAAAAAUCCACUGUCAGCAUCCUCAGAGUAUGCGUGGUAGACCUUUGCAUUAUAUGAAAUGGGCUUGGUUUUCAAACUGCAUUGGCCCCACUGCCAGCCUGGGCUCUGCCCCAAGUCUGGGAUCUGUCGUGGUGCGUCACAGCGCUACCACUCUGCUGAUGGCCUGGCAUAAAGGGAGCAGGCACAACACAUUGGAGCAAUUUGUCACUGCAGAAACUAAGUAUAUUGGUUUCUGGGAGGGAACUGCAGCUACAUCUUCUACCCCAUUGCCUUAUCAGGAACAUGCUGUUGAAGUGCCAUCACAGGCAGCUACAGUGUUAUCGACGUUACCAGUGCAAAUUCCAGCAAAAAUUAUACCUACUAAUGGAAAUGUAGAAGAAGAAUGGUUGUUUACAACAGAUCCUUCUCCUGUAUCAGUAAAAACAACCCAGAUUUGUACAAAACAGAUUGAAAAGCUGAAUCAAGCUUUUGAUAUUUUACUAGCCUUUUUCAUUCUGGCUUGUGCUGUUAUCCUGUUCUUAACCUGUAAAAUUAUUCAGUUUAGGCAAAAACUAAAGGUGCUGGAAAACUCAGGGGAAAAGAGUAUAGAAUAUUAUGGCUUUUAUCAGCCUGGCAGAUACAACAUAACUGACUCAGUGCAGUCUCUAACUCGGAAAUCAGUGGAACAUUCCGAACUGGACCAAAUAAGGCUGCUCAAGCGAACAGUAUCAGAAAGUCAGGCACAGGUCAUCUUGUUCGAACAUUCAUCAUUGUAAUUUAUCUCAUUUGAUUUGGUGUUAACUGUGAUAUGAAAGGCCAAGAAAUCAAGAGCUCAAUUCUGUACAAAUACCUCUACCAAUUAAAAUCAACUGCUUAAUAGAACUGUGGAAAAUGGCACAAUUUGGGUUCUGCAUCCACAUUUGCUUACUGAAUGUUUUGAAAUUUAUUGAUUAUUUCAUUAUAUGUCAUUUCAGUCUAACAUGGAUAAGUUUAUUAACCUAGGUCCCUGUUUGUAGUAGUUUUUCACUUAUGCUCAAGUAUACAUGUAGUAUAAAGUACAGUUUAAUUUAUUUUGCCAUACUUAAUGAUGUAAGUUCCUAUAGAAAUUCCAUAGCUAUUGUGCAGCAAGCAAAACAUCAGUUCUUAGUAGGAUCACGAAGCCAAGAAAUCUUGGGGAAUCAGAAAAAAGUGUUUCAUGUGUUUAUUGUAAUAGAGUUUAUACUCUUCCUCUAUUAAAUAAAGCACAGGGGAAAACCCUCCACAUUUACAGUUAGCAUGUUCAAAUUCUUGAGUAAGAGAAAAAUUUCAAACUAUACAAAUUCUAUCUAUAGCAUAUUGUAAUAUACAAAGUUGUGUGUUCAGUCUGUAUAAUGUAUAUAUUAAAGUGAUUUUUAUUAGUGUGUAUCUAUAUGGUUUUAUGAAAUACCCUAAAUUGGAGUUAGGAAAACCAAAAUGCUGUUGAAUUUUACCAAAGUGUGAUGACCAAAUUUAUUAUGUCUAAAGUAAUAGAGCUGGUUAAUUAUUGUCAAUAACAGAUCAUCAUCUAUGUCAUCUAUGUAGUAAUAUUUCCUAGGGACUUUUUAGCUAGAUAAGAGGUACAAAUUGAAGAAAUACACUACACUGUAAGUAUAUAAUGCUAAAUUAAUGGCUGAAAACAUUUACAUAUUGGUUUUUAUUUGAAGGUGUCAGGUCAAGAUAUGUAUUCUUAGUUAAAGCUUCAUCUUCAAAAUAGGGAUAUUUUCUUUUAUAGUUUGCAUAUAACUUUUUAUUUCUAUUUCAAAUGUUAGUGUUAUGUUGUUGUCAGGGCAUGUCUAGUAUGCUGUAGCUUUAUUUUCAACCUGAAUGUCUGCAAUUUUUGUUUUUCUGUUAAUUCAAUAAUUCAAAUUUUUUUUUCUGGAAUUAAAUGUCAUAAAACUAUGUGCUAAAUAGUCCUAUGUUGUAAAAUCUACUUAUUUUUGUAGAUGCUGUUUUUCUUGUACAGGCUGUGCCCUAGAGAUUUUGGCCACGUUUAUAAGUUACACAGUUUACAGCUAGACCAUUUUCCUCAAGGAAAAGUGGGGAACAAUGAUUUUAUAGACUUUCCUCUGUGGUGUUGAUUUAAAUUGUGUAGAAGCAUAUUGCUGUUCCAGGCUCCAGCCUGGAGCCUGUUGCAUUCUCCAGCUGAGCCAGAGCUGCCCUCAGCAUUCUUGUUCUCUCUCCUCUCUUUCCUGCUGCUGUAACUCUGGGCUGUGCAGAUCCCAGUCAUUCUGUUUGUCCAUCUGCAGUCCUUUUCCAGCAGGGGAAAAAAAAUCUAUUUUCUACUACCAGGACAUACAGAAAUCUUGACUGCACUGAGUGGGUGUGAAAGUGCAAGUAUGACUUCAUUAUUGUUUGUUAUUAGUGUAAUGAAAUAAUAUUGUAUUUGUGUGUAAUUUAUUGUAUCAUAGAUCAAAUACUUCUAGGGAACACACAAUUCAGCUUCUUGGACAAAAGCUUAAACUGUUUAGUAUUGCUUGAGUAGAAACUAUUUUUUAAAAUUAUUUUCUAACUUAGGAUCAGAUGUUAAAUAUAAUGGACAAAUGCUUUUAGGAAGGGAAAACUCUGGCUGUAAUUUAUGCACCUUUUUCCAAAGGCUCAUCCACUGCAGUCUCUUUCUCUUCAACUCAUUUUUGUUACCUUCUGUCUCUCCUACAUAAUUUGUUGUGAUAAAUAUUAAUUUUGUUUUCACUUAGUAACAACUGCACAAUCAAUGAUUGCACGUAGUAGAUUCUGCAAUUUUAUGUGCUAUAUUUUUAAAUUUUUAAUUUUAUGUGAACGCCUUCAGAAAUAGUGGACUUCAAAUGCAGUAGAAACUAGUUAAGUUUCUCUUGCUAGAAAUGCUGCUAUGCCUUUUUUACAGAGGAGUUUUGGUAAUUCACAAAGGUUAAAAACUGAAUAAACCUAAUUCUCAAAUCUGGCAUAGAGCAGCUCUGUUAUUUUAGGCUCUAAUUUCCACAGCUGCUCUUUACAGAAAGGCAUGAGAGCUUCUCUCUGUAGGUGCAUCUUUUUCACUGACAAGCUGCUGUGGAAGUUGUUUGCCAGGUAUGCCUCUCACCAUCUGUAGUGGGGGAACAUGAAAGGAAACUGGUGUCACAGCUGUUUGUGCAGCAGAGAGUUAGAGCCACUGAAAGCCAUCCUUUGGAGUGGAGAUAUCCUCGAAUUACCAGCUUGCUGACACAGGGAUUAGACUGACAAGGCCCUGAGAGAUUUAUUAUGCAGUUGUGAGGGAAAGGCCUUUCUUUAGCAGCCAGUAUCUUUUGUAUUUAAAUGUUCACUUGAGGAAGCCAACUCUUUAAUUUUCACAUGUGGUUCAUAUGUCAAUUAAAAUCACUAGGGAAUUAUUAGAAGCCUUAGUGAAAUCUGCCCUCGUGAAGCUAAGUGGUGCUUCAUGAAGAUCAGGUUUAUGGUCAACCAUAGGACUCCCCUGGCAGUACUGUCUUAGCUGCUACUUCACUGCUUUAGGAGCUCCCUAGAAGUGUGCUGCUCCUAAGGGUGGGUGUGUGUGUGUGUGUAAUAAUCAUUUACGUCACUUACAGUAUGUGCCGAGUAAUCUCUGCUUGUCCCACUCCACCUCUUUCCUUGGCUAAAGAGAUGAGAAAAAAGAAUUUAACUUGCUCAAUAUGUAAACUAGUAAAGAUAUGAAAUCAAACUCUUCUUGGUGUUUGCAUCAUCCUGGUGAAUGUAGAAAAGCAGAAAAUGUUUUCUCUUCUUUUAUCUCUGAAAAAGUCUUUUCUCAUACAGAUUUUUUUCUCAUUCUCUGAGGGACAUGCAAAGUAGAUAUGGGAUCCAUUUUAUUUAAGCACCACUAAAAAUAUGUCAGGACAUGUUUUAACAUGAUGACAGACUUUUGUCUCCAGUAGUUUGCUAUGUAAGUGAAGUAAAAAUUAGGAAUUUUCACAUAAAACCUCAGGAUAAUAAAUUGUACAUAGAGCCGUGUGCAUUAGAAAUUAAAACAGAAUGAAAAAACCAAGCAAAGUAUGUUUUUUAUUUUCAGAAUAGAUGGGAUCUGUUCUGUCCUUUGCAAAGCCUUUAUUCUUUUAUUUUAAAACUUAUGCAAACUUCUAUUUUGAAGUUUUGAGAUUGUUCUUAUGGAAGCUGCCCUGAAUGCUAAAUUUGUUUUCUGUUGGUGAGGUGAAUUUUAUUAACAGGCAGCAUAAAAUAUCCGUUCUGUAAUAAAAAAAAAAAAAAAGUAGUGCUUAUAUCUUUGAAACUGGAUUAUGAAGUGUUUUAGUCCCAAUUGUGAGCCUUUUACUUUUGCUGCAUACCAAAACAUUUUUUGUGCCAAUAAUUUAGGAAGACUGGGUAGAUAUAAAACCAGUUGUAGCCUGAUGGUUUUGUUUGUUGCAUUGCUAAUCUGGAUUGUAUGCAAUUCAAUGGGGGAACUGCUUAAAUGGUGCCUUCCUCCAGGUUUAAGAUUUUAGUAUGAAACAUAUUAACUGCUCUAUUCUGAAAAUUCAUCUAAAUGCAGCAUUUGUCUUCUUUGUAUCCACUCAUGAAUUUUCUAAUUAUUUCUUUAAAUAAGUAGGCUAAUUUUAGUCUCUUUGAAAAGGUAUUACUUUGAGUGACAUGGCAUGCUUUCUUAUCUAUGAAAAUAAGGCCUGAUGCAUUUUAUAUUGCCACUGAACUUUGGGGUUUCUUUUUUUAAAGCGUGAGUCUGUAGUAUCUUUAUUUUUCACCAUCAUGUGUCUUGUGUUCUAGGAAUAGUCACAGUGUUUAAUGGCUCCAUACUUGGUAAAUAUUCCAGCGGGUCUUUGGUAGAAAGAAACUGUAUGUCACAUUUAAAGGGGAGAAAAAAGCAAAGAAAAGGAAUUGUAUUUACUGAAAGCUGAAAGCAAAUUACAUUUUGAAAGGUGCUCUACGUUCUUUUUUUUCCUUAAAAAAACCUAAAAACACUCUCAUGAAUCUUACACUAAAGAAGUGAAGUACUAUUUCUCAUUUAUGUCUUAAAGUAGGAAUAUUCUUUCCAAGAAAUCAGUGAUUUCCUUAUGAGCUUUUGUGGUAACUAUCAAGAGCAAUAUUUUUGCUGCUCUGUGCUGAUGAGACCAUGGCUGGAGUGCUGCAUCCUGCUCUGGGCCUUAAUGUAAGAAGGACCUGAUACUCCAGGAGCAAGUCCAGGGACCACGAGGUUGAUGAGAGGAGUGGAACGCUCUCCUAUGAAGACAGGCUGAGAAAGUUGUGGUUGUUCAGCCUGGAGAAGAGAAUGUCGUGUGGAGACCUGACUUCAAACUUCCAGUCUCUGAAAGGGCCUGCAAGGAAGCCAGAGAGGGACUGUUCAUCAGAAACUGUAGUGAUAGGACAAGGGGGAAUGACUUAAAAGUGAGAGUAGGUUUUGAUUAGAUUUUAGGGAGAAAUUCCUUACUGUGAGGGUAAUGAAGCACUGAGUUGCCCAGAGAAGCUGUGGAUGCUCCCUCCCUGAAAGUGUUUGAGGCCAGGUUGGAUGGGGCUUUGAGCAGCCUGGUCCAUUGGAAGGUGACCUGCCUAUGGCAGCAAGAGUCAGAACUAGGUGACCUCACUUUCAACCCAGUCCAUUCUGGGAUUCGUGCAACUUGGAAGGAAGAAAUAAUACAGAUAUUGGACAGCAUCCUGUAUUUUUUUAAUAGAAUAGUGUUAACUUCUCCAGGGCUCGAAGUGUUCACAUUUUUCUCCAUUGAAUGCUUCCUAUCUACUAUUGAUGUGAAUCUGAGGGCAGCCUGUUGGGGAAUACUAGCCUUACUCAUGUUGGAAAAUAUUAACUGGUUUAGGCAUAUUCUUAGAGAUGUGUUUCAAAAACAAGGAUGAGGCAAAAGAGUCUUAAUGGAGGUGUGCUAGGCAGGACCUUUGACUUGGUGAAGAAACCUGCUCUGUCUCAGAGGGCUCAUUGUGCAGGUGACUGAGGCACUCUUGACUUUCUCAGCUGUGCUGUGAGGUCAGUAGGUUGUUUGCUUGCUGUCUGCAGAACUUAACAGAUUCAGUCUCACAACAUGUAACAUUUUGCUGUUCUGAAUGUGAUGGGGAAGCCUGUUGGCAAAGGACUAAAUGUCUUUUAAAAUACAUAACUGGCAAUCAGGCAGUAGAAAUCAUGUCAGUUUUCAUCUUGUGGAAUUCAAGAGUUUCAAGACUGAUGAUGCAAAAUACACUUCAGAUUCUGGCAUACAAGAGUAGCUGAAUUUUAAAAAGGGAACAAAAACUAAUCCCUUUGAAAGAAAGGAUCAUGAAUGAGAUUACAGUUGUAUCAAAACAAACAUAAAAGAAAUACUUUCUAUGCUUAGUAUUCUAAUGUGGUAAGCAUUUUUUCUAAGGUAUCUAUUGUUAUUUAACUCUUUGUCAUAUGUAUACAAUGUUGUUGUGUGUCCGAUAAGAAAUUUUUCAAAAGCAAUUGCUGUUGUGUAAGGGGCUACAGUUCAUCCAUGUCUUCAGUUUUCACCCCAAAUAAGAAAAGGAAAUGAAAGAAUAUUAGGAAAUAGAUUUGUCUGUGUUAAAACAAUUAUCAACUACGAAGUAUAAUAUAUGUUCAUGUUCAAUGCCUAUAAAUAAAUAUGUGUCUGCUUGUGUCAGCAAUGUGUCUGCUUCUGCCUCUGCCUCUUAGGGAGCAGCAUCAGCAGCAUCUUUUUGGGAGAAUUAAGCCUGAAAUUCCAAACAGGGAGCAAUAAGGUGCAUCAGUCAGUGGCAAGUCCCAGGAAAAGGGUUGUAGUUUAUGAUCACCAGUUUGGCCUUUUCUCUUUCUUUGCUGCAUGUAGCUGGAGGUAUUCCUGAGAUGAACAUCUUUUCCCUUGCAGUUUGUCGUCAUGCUGCAAGGUUUUCACUUGCAUUUUGUCAUCAUGCUUUCACAGUUCAUGGAGUAGGAGUCUGAGAACCCAUGUUCUACAGCAGCAUGUCUCUGGCGUUAGAUCCACAGUAGCAGGAAAUGGAGCAGAAGCAGCAGCUGGCUGCUCUCCAUUAACGAGGAGCUGGUGUCCCCUACUAUGUCCGUCAACGGGAGAUCUUGUUGCUACGCCCUUUCCCUAGCAGCACAUCCUUUCUCAAGGCAGGGGCACAUGUAAAUGUGUUCAGUGUCAUUUUGGGCAUUGUGGACCUGUCUAGUCAAGCCCUCAGGUCAUGCUGAGUAAAGGUACUCGUGUCUUUUAACUCCCAAGUGAUAUCUACCAGCCUUUUGCAUUAGUCUUAAAUAGCUUUAUGUGUCAAAAUGGCAGAAGCUGUCUGUGUUUAAACAGAUAAAUCCUAUUGUCCUUUCUGUGUACAGUCAGGAAAGUGACUUUCUUGCAGAACUGGUUGCAGGGUUUUUCCACUCACUCUGGGGAGCUGACUCCCCAGUCAGCUGGACAGUGAAGAAAUACAGGUAAGUAGGAGAGUGUACCUUCUUUACAAGCAGCCAUUGCUCAAGGAGUUGUGUAGGUUUAUGUACUGAAGAGUGAUGGUAGAAAAGUCCUAAAUGUUUUGGGAGUAGAAGCCACUACUCUCUUCCCUGCUGGCAGGAGCAUGCCCUUCCCACUCAGUUUCUUGACUCCUAAUGUGAAGGAUAUUGCUAAUGUGUAUUUUCUUCUGUUCAUUUGCAAUUACUUUUAGGUUUUCAGUGGCACACUAAGUUCUAUUAUAUUUAAAAAUAAUGUUUCUUGUAUAUUUUGAAGCCUUUUUGUAAUUAAACAAUAUACUGAAUUAGUUACUUGAUAGCAUGCUCAGCUAAGCAGUAAGCAAGGAAAAUACCUCUCAAUAAAUGUAUUCCACAAUUGAGCAAAUUUCCUGUGCAGUUCCUUUAGCUAAGUCACUUUCCUGUUCUUUUCCAAUGUUAUCCAAAGUAAAUUUUGUUCUU